AUGGAACAGCCUGUUGCGACCGCCUACUUCAAUACCACACUCAGACGAUUCUUUCUCACGCGGCCGUUGCAGAAUCUUCUUGGUCUGCCGUUGCGCGCUGCGGACUUCUUCUUGCGCCGUCAGAAGAUCUUGAUCAAGGAAACCAUACGUGAAGAUGGAUCCCGUAAGAAGCGCCUCAUAGAUGCAGGUGCCGCCGAACCUGCUACUCCCCCGCGCUCCCGCGCCUAUGCCAACACGGCGCGUACAGGCAAAACGCAACGCACAGGCAACGCGCAGCGCGUAUGCGACACGCCGCGCGACGGCAACCCGCCGCUCUCGGGCAAUCUACACGUCCCAGGCGCUUGGCCCGACACAAGCGACCUCCUUUGCGAGAGCGCGCACUCCUCAGGUGCUUAUCUUCCAAGCAACCUUGCCGCAGUGCAAUCCUCGCGACCAUCAGCAUACAGUGCCUUGGCGACAUCAGCAACUAGCGAUAGCCUCCUAGAUAAUGUCUGGAGCGAGACCGCACAAAGCCACGCGGCUGGAGCGUCAUCAAGACCCAAGUCCAUCCACACUCCACCAAGCGACUACGACGUAGCAACAGCGGAUCAACAAUCUGAUUGGGCCGAGAAUGCAGCUGGCAGUGACCCCGAGACCAUCCGGGCUCCUCGAAGAGCCAGACCGUCGAACCCGUAUAUCGAAGCCACCUACGGUCCCAAGACCGACAUAGUUUAUGAUGACCCCUGUGUGGCCUCUUUGCUGGACCGGUCGGUGCUCGAAAGGAUUGUGGCAUCCAAUGACCCGUCUUCACUCCUGGAGGAGCUCAAUGAUGUUGGUGGCCUACUGGAAGAUCAAGCAUCUAUCUUGGAGCAGUCGAUGCUGUCCCUUGAACUUAGCAAGGAAUUCGCCGAGGACCUGCCAGCGAGCCCCAGUCCACCCCCUCCCACUCCCAAACUUCAAAAAGACAUCACCGUUCCGCCGCUGGUGGCCCCGCUCACGCAAGAGGAAUUCGAGAAACUCAACCAUCUCGCACACGAACAUGGUUUGAAUUCAACUGCUCCGUUGGUCAAACUGCCAAGCACGACGUUGACCUCGCACGACUUCGGAACCUUACUACCUCAGAUGUUCAAUGGGGAUGCCAAGGGCUGGCUUAAUGACAACAUCGUCAACGAGUAUCUCGAACUGCUCACCGACCGCGCAAAGCACAAUGAGGGCUAUGUUUACGUUAGGGGUAAAGGUGGUUCGCCCCCUCCAGUGCACGCAUUCAAAUCGCAGUGGCUAGCAUCGAUGGAAAAGGAUGCAGCCGCAACUGCUCGAUGGGCUCGACCGAUGCAUUUGCUCGGCGAAAAACUUCUUGAAUGCAACCUAGUGUUGUUCCCCAUUUGCCACCAUUCACACUGGCGUCUCCUCGCUAUCAAACCCAAGGACCGUUUAAUUGAAUACUACGACUCGCUUGGUGGCCCAGGAGAUCGUUUUACGCAGCUUGCCAUGCAGUGGGUCAAGGGCGUGCUCAAGGAGCACUUUGUCGAGGACGAGUGGUCGACCUCUACGGAGCAGAAGAGCGAAGGCCAACUUAACGCCAGCGACUGCGGUAUCUUCACUUUGCUCAACGCUUUGGUUCUACUUCGUGGAGAGGAGCACACCCGUGUCAAGGUCACCAACGGAAUGGACGACGCGCGCCUUCGAGUGGCUGCCACGCUCCUUGCGAAGACCCCUACCACGGAGAUGGACUGA